AUGAACGGCAUCGCCGAGCGAGCGAACCGCACAAUCACGGAGGCGGCACGCGGGUUGCUCAUUGAAGCCGGGCUACCCGACUAUUUCUGGCCUGAUGCGGUGCGGAGCGCGUGUGUGGCCAAGAACAGAGCCUUGACUCAUGUGGGAUCAGACAAAUGGGUGCCCUAUGUGGAGUGGCUAGGAAGGAAGCCAAAGGUGGAUAUGCUUCGGGUGUUCGGGUGCAUGUGCAUGGCGCUCGUGCCUAAGCAUCUUCGGCACAACAAGCUUGGUGCCAAGGCGGUGUGGGCCGUGCACUUGGGCAUGGCUCAAAACAGCAAGGGAUGGCUUCUUUGGGACCCAUUCACCAAGAAGUUCUUGGUGAGCAGGGACUGCAAGUUCAUGGAGAACUUCAUGUACAAGGAUUGGAAGGCGGAGAAUGAGGCGAAGAUAGGCGUGCGGUUUGGGGAGGUGAAGAGUUCCGGUUUGGAGCAUGUGGAGCUGCCUUUGGAGCUGAGCAGCGGCAGCACAACCACAAGGCAAUCCUCCCUUGUGAAUGGGGGAGAGGAGGCCAAUGAUGCAGAGGAAGAAGAGGAGGAGGUGCAGCAAGUGAGCGAGCGUGUACCGUCACUCCCUUCCCGUACUACGAGUGCUCCACGGAUUCGAGCCACACCGCAGCAACGCCAAGGCCUUCAAGUCCCUGCAGCUGAGGAGGAAGGAAGGGGGAAGAGGAGAGUUCAACCCCCUAAUAGGCUGACCUAUGAUGCGCCGGGAAAGCAGGGCAAGACAGCCCUGGCCGGAGCGGCAAUGAUGGUCGGAGACGACGAGGAGAGUGACUACGAGGAGUGUGCCUUCGCGUUCUUCUCUCAGGUGGAGAUGCCGGGAGAACCAGCAACUCUCAAGGAGGCUUUGGAGAGUAGUGAUGCUGAGGAGUGGAAGAAGGCCAUGGAGAGUGAGCUGAAGAGCAUCGAGGAGAAUGACACGUUUGAAUUGGUGGAGCUACCGGAGGGGCGUACGGCGAUAACGUCCAAGUGGCUCUUCAAAAUCAAGUCGGAUGCCGACGGCAAGAUCGAGCGCUACAAGUCUAGGCUUGUAGCCAAGGGGUACCAGCAGAAGGAGAAGGUGGACUUCAAGGAGCUGUUUGCCCCUGUGGUGAAGCCGACGACGCUGCGAACCCUAUUCGCGGGAGCCGCCAUCAAAGGAUGGGUAGUAAAGCAAAUGGACAUCGUAACGGCAUUCCUUAACGGCAUCCUUGAGGAGGAGAUUUUUAUGGCACAGCCAGAGGGGUUUGAUGAUGGUAGUGGCAGAGUGUGGAAGCUGAAGAAGGCCCUCUAUGGGCUGAAGCAGGCCCCUAGGCAAUGGUACAUGAAGCUGCGCGAAGUGUUGGAGGGGAUCGGCUUCACUCCCUCAACGGCCGAUCACUCCUUGUUCAUGCUUGGCGAGGGGGAGCAGAGGAGUUUCAUGGUGGUUUAUGUGGAUGACAUCCUCAUUUUCUCACCCUCUUCUGACCUUGUGAAGGAGGUGAUGCUGACGCUUCAAGACAAGUUCAAGUGCAAGGCCCUUGGUGACGUGAGCUUCUACCUUGGGCUCCACAUCGAACGAGAUGUGGAGAAGCGGUGCAUGCGGGUGCAUCAACGAAAGUACCUGGAGGCAUUGGCUGCCAACUUUGGGCAGAGUGAAGGCCAUGUGGCUACACCCUUUCCCUCUGGGUUCAAGUGUGUGAAGGGACCAGAGGAGGAGAGCGUUGGUGAAGAGGAGAGGCGCCGAUUUCACUCGUUGGUGGGCAGCCUCAUGUAUGCGGCGGUAAACACCCGACCGGACGUCGCGUUUGCUACCGGGCAGCUGGCUAGGGUUGUGCAAUGCCCUAAUGAGGAGCAGGUAGCAGCUGGAAUGAGGGUGGCCAAGUAUCUUGGCCAAACACCGACCGUUGGGCUGCAAUACUCGGCGGCGGCACAAAGGCGCCAAAAGGGCGCGGAUGGUGUUGAACCCGGGCGUUUGUUCCUCACAGCCUACUCGGAUGCUUCAUAUGCAUCAGAACCAGAGGACAUGACAAGUGUGGGAGGCUUCAUAUGCUGUGUUGGUGGAGGCCCAACGGCUUGGGAGAGCAAGAAGCAGGUUGACCAAGCUUUGAGCUCGGUGGAGUCCGAGUACAUGGCACUCUUCCGUGCCGGUGCCAUUGCUCUUGCUAAGAACCCUGUGUUGCAUGGACUCACGAAGCACAUGAGGGUGAAGUGGCAUUGGACGAGGAGCAUGGUAACCGCGGGUGAAGUUGAGUUGCGCUACGUGAAGACCACGGGGCAGCCGGCUGACAUGAUGACCAAGAGGCUGGUGGAGCAGCAGCAUUGGAAGUGUUGCAAGCUGGCUGGGAUGGCUCUGAACUGA